AUUUAUUACUUUGAUCUGCACACUACUCACAAGCAAUAUGUCGAAAAUAACGCUGUAUGGAGUUGAUAUCAGUCCACCGGUCCGUGCUUGUUUACUCACACUUAAAGCGCUUGAGCUGCCCUUCGAGUAUAAAGUGCUAAAUCUCGCCGGAGGCGAGAAUCGUUCGCCGGAAUACUUGAAAUUGAAUCCACUGGGCACGGUUCCAGUGCUCGAUGACAAAGGCACUGUUAUAUAUGAUUCACAUGCCAUAUGCAGUUAUUUAUGCGACAAGUAUGCCAAGACGGAUGCACUCUAUCCCAAGGAUCUGGUGAAGCGGGCCGGAGUCAAUCAACGUUUGUUCUUCGAUGCCAGUGUCCUCUAUAAGUCUGUGUGGAAUGUUGCCAUCGGUUUCUGGCGCAGUGGCCACACCGUCGUUGAAAAGGAAAAGGUCGACAAUAUUCACGAUGCUCUCAGGCAAACCGAACUUCUGCUGGAGAAAUCCUACAUUGCUGGAGAUACUUUGACCAUUGCCGAUCUCUGCUGUGCUGCGACUGUCACUUCUAUGUCACUGGUAUUUGACAUUGACCCACAGCAAUAUCCGAAGAUCACUGCUUGGCUGGCUCGUCUCGGUCAGUUGCCAUACUUUGAGAAAUUCAACAAUGUUGGCGCCAAGCAAUACACGGGUCUUAUGCGAAGUAAAUGGACAAAAGUGGAGCUGUAAUUAACAAGGCUUACAAUAACAAGUAGAAUAAUCUAGUCGAGUGAACUUCACUGGGACCUGGGACCAGUUGUUAAUAAAUAUAUUAAAUCGAUUAAAAA